CAGAGGAGGGAGGCGGGGACCAGGAAGUGGGCGCGGGGAGGAGAAAGGAGAAGGGAGGAGGAUUUGGGCUCCUACCGAGGCGAAGAGGUGAUGGGGUCGCCCGGGCUCCCCUUUUCCUUCGCUUCUCUUCCCUUGCCUUUCCCCUGACAGGGACCCAUCCAGGGCCCGUGAGCACGCAUCUCUGGGCACUUCCUCCAGUGCGGCAGGACGGGUUGGAGGAGUAUCUCUAAGCGCUUGGAGAUCCUUCUUCCUCUUUCCCUACCGGGGUGGGGGGACAGAACGUGGACCAUGUAUCCUGGUGCAGGGCAGCCAGGGAUGUACCCUCCAGGGGGACCUGUACCCCCUUCAACUUCUGGGUGCCCUGGAGUUAACCCUAUCCACCCACCAUUAGCCAAUCCUGCAUAUCCUCCAUGUACCUUUCCUACCCCACCAGGGGGGUACCCAGGGAAUCCAGCUUAUCCUCCUGGAGCUUUUGGCCCUGGGCAUCAGCCAGGGUACCCAGGAUGCCCACCCUUAGGUCCCCCCCCUCCCCCAGGCCAGUACCCACAUCCUGGCCCUUGUGUGCCUUCUGUGAAUCCCUUGGCUCCAGGGAUGGUGGGGCCUGGUAUAGUGAUGGAUAAGAAGAUGAGGAAGAAGAUGAAGAAGGCCCAUAAGAAAAUGCAUAAACAUCAUAAACAUGGCAAGCAUUCUUCCUCCUCCUCCUCCUCUUCCAGCAGUGACUCUGACUGAAUCCUGGGCCCUCCUCCCCCCAAGUCACACCACCCCAGCUCUCCCAUCAAGCCUUGGACGCCAUAUUGUGCUGGGGAAGAUAGCCUGAAGCCCCAACCUCAGCCCAACCCUAUUCACCCCUUUGCCCAAAUUGAGUGGCGAAGGUGAGGAAAGGAUCUCUAUUGGCCUGAGGAAGUCCAUUUUCUUACCUCCUAGAUUGGGGGGAGGGGGGCACUCCUUUCCGAAGAUGUGUGUCCUUUGAGCCAAAUGCUGAAGAACAUUUUAGGAUCUGGAAAAUGUGAUUUUUAAAAAUUCAUUUUGUAAUUUGUGUGGGAGAAGGAGAAGAGGGGGUGUGGUAUUACCAAGGAAGUUGGUCUGGGGGUGGUAGUCUCCUGCGAAUGGGUGUGGGAACUACAUUUCCCAGCAGACUGCAGUGUGCUCAGCCCAUUGCCUUCUGGGAAAGAGAGUUCCUCUGAUUAGGCUAAUGUGGGUGCCAUUUUGAAACCUUAUUUCUUGGUGAGCUCUUUUCAUCUCAAUCAUUCUCGGGUCUUACUCUGUUUCUCUCACUGUGCUUCCCAAUAAAGCUGUUUAUCCCAGUCUCCA